GCGGCGGCUGCUGGUUGAUGGGUCCGGAAAUCUCUUGAAGGUGAAUCCAAGCAAGAUAAACGGUGGAAGCGGCUCCACUGGCAGCGCACAAUGCCCCAGCGCGGCGCCUGCUGAGGGCGAGCCGGAGCCGCAGCCGGAGCCACAGCCACAGCCCGAGCCACAGCCGCUGCCGGAGCCGCAGCCCGAGCCGGAGCCGCCGCCCGAGCCGAAGCCACAGCCGGAGCCGCCGGAGCCACAGUCCGAGCCGCCGCCGGAGCCGGAGAAGGGACAGCCGCGGCGCCGGGCACGGCGCAGCCCCGGCGGGAGCCGGGAAACGAUUUCUGCCAGCGGGACGCCGGGGAGCCGCCCGCCGCGGCGCGGAGCCUUGGAGGAGCGGGCCGGGAGCUGAGGGGGGCGGAGGAGGCGGAGGCGAGCGGGGCGCCGAUGGAGCGGGCGCUGGGGCUGCCCGCAGAAGAGGACCUCUUCCACAAGAGCCUCGCCGCCUCGGCCAAGCGCAUGGAGUCCGCCUUCCGCUCGCCCCCGGGGCUCGACCUCUCCCACCCCCGCGACCGCCAGCCCUCGCCGCUCGCCUGCUACGAGGCGUCGGAGCCCGAGGCGCUGCUGCAGCCCGGCGUCGGCGGCGACCCCCUGGCGCUGCCGCCGGGCUCCGUCUGCGUCAAGUACGGCGAGAGCGCCAGCCGCAGCUCGGUGGCCGAGAGCAGCGGCGGCGAGCAGAGCCCCGACGACGACAGCGACGGCCGCUGCGAGCUGGUGCUGCGCGGCGCCGGGGGGGACCCGCGCGUCGCCUCGCCGGCGGCGGGCGGCGGCGGAGGGGGGGGCGGGGGGCUGAAGGCGGCCGAGGGCAGCUGCUCCAACAGCCACGGGCACGGCGGCAGCAAGAAGUCCAAGGAGCAGAAGGCGCUGCGGCUCAACAUCAACGCGCGGGAGCGGCGGCGGAUGCACGACCUGAACGAUGCUCUGGACGGGCUGCGCUCCGUCAUCCCCUACGCGCACAGCCCCUCGGUGCGGAAACUCUCCAAAAUCGCCACGCUGCUCCUGGCCAAGAACUACAUCCUCAUGCAGGCGCAGGCCCUGGAGGAGAUGCGGCGCCUGGUGGCUUAUCUCAACCAGGGCCAGGCCAUCUCGGCCGCCUCCCUGCCCAGCUCCGCCGCAGCGGCGGCGGCAGCGGCGGCGGCGCUGCACCCCGCCCUCGGUGCCUACGAGCAGGCGGCCGGUUACCCCUUCAGCGCCGGGCUGCCCCCCGCCACCUCCUGCCCGGAGAAAUGUGCCAUCUUCAACAGCGUCUCCUCCAGCCUCUGCAAACAGUGCACGGAGAAGCCUUAAGCUCCGCCGCCCUGGCCGCCCCCCGCCGCCGCCGCGGCCCCGGGGAGCGGCGACAGCCGGCGGUGCGGUCCCGGGCCGGGGGGCGCGGAGGCGGCGGAGGGACUGACCGCUGUCCGGCCCCCUCCGCCCUCCACCCGGACUCGCCUCGCCUCGCACUUCUUCUCGGGUGCCGCCGAGACGGGACCGCGACGGGAGCCAGCGUGCGUGCGG